GGAAACCGAAGAAUUGAAAGCUCAUCUAAGAUGGAUGAAGGAAGACUGGAUUGAAGAAGAGUGUAAUCGUGUGGAGGCAGAGCUGGCCUUCUGGGAAGCAAGAGGGGAAAUUAGAGAACUCAGGCAGGUUCUUGAAAGCAUGAAAAACAGCUUGGCUGAGAAAGACGGAAAAUUUCGGAAGUACUUCCUAGACGUAAGCAUUGAAAACAAGAAAUUGGAGUCUUUGCUGCGAAGCAUGGAGAUGGCUCAGAACAGCUCUGUGAGAGGUGAGCAGUGCCUGGAGUACACGUGUGGCUCGGACGGGAAGCUGUUAGCAUUGUGUGCCAUGAUGCCAGGCAACCUGGUCACAGAGGACCGAGCUCUGGAGGAGCUGGCAGAUGGUGGGCUGCUGCUCAUUGAGGGCAGUGCUAAUGGGACCAAUUGAUCUGAAGAGAGUUUGAUCACUGCAGCCUCCAAGUUGAGUGAUGCAGCUCCCUCCACUUCUGCUGUGAAUCCAGAGAUGCUGGAAGAUGUUGUGGGUGAAGAACUGACUUCUUGCCAGGAGGAGGAGAAAAUCAGCAAUGUGGGGGUGGAACAGACCGUCCAGACUGACGUGGUGCCGUACAGCUCAGAUGUGGAGCAGCUCAUUCAGAACAUCUUCAGAGCUCAAGGUCCCUAUCCUCUAAGCCCACCUUCUUCACUGGAGGAAUUGGGUGAGUUUUCCCUUAGAAGUGUCAGCGGUUCUGGGAUCACAGUGGACUUAACUCCAAGUGAUCCAAACACUGCCGUCCUUUUGUCUCCUGUGGAGUCUCCAUGCAUGAAGAUUGAGCACAGAGUUAACAAAAAUCAUUUUAUGAAAGAACUUGAUUUUACAGAACCUCAUGAUGAUGAAACCUUUGGGGAUGUCAAGACUUUCUCUGAGACAGGAAUAAAGAAGAGAUACUGGAGCAGCAGUCUCCUCAGAGGUCUUCUGGCUGUAGCAGCCCCUGUUGUACCAACUCUCCUGUGGGCUUUGAGUACUCGGGGAGGAGGAACAAAUCCUAUUUACAAGAUUGGAGUAUUGCUUUGUGGUUGCUGCCUGGUGGCUCUGCACUCUUUGCACCAUUCAGCCUUCAAUAUCAGAACUUAA